GUGUUGUGUUCAGUCGCUGGCGAGCAUUUGAGGCAUAAACACGAGCCCCCCACUGAUACAGAAUUGGGCCUGGGGAGUCGGGCUCCGAUUGAGACUUGGGUUCCAUCACAUCAAUCUAGAGUAAACAAUGGCCUCUCACCACCUGGAUUAGGGGAAAUCGAGCGAAUCGACAGACCCCCAGCGGAAUCAAAUUUCCGUUUUAUCAGCCGUCAGUUGUAUCCCCUUUCGGACAGCAUGGAGAAAUCGUUUCCCAUAUCGCCCUGGAAGUACGCCCUAUUCGCCACUUGCAUUCUGAUAGUGGCCUGCAAUGUGUUCUUCUUUUCCUGUGGCGUCGUCACCUGGGGCUCGGCAGCAUCCACCUUUGGGAGCUAUACCACUGCACUGAUUGGAUCGGCCGUCUUUGGUGCCGCCUUUCUCGGCGUGUAUGUGGCCCUCAAGGAAUCAUACAAGUACUCGGUACUCUAUAUGUUCGUUAGUGGCCUGCUCAUCGCCGUGAUGGCUUCCUACUUCUUCACCUUUACGGCAAUGAAACGAGAUCUGCUGACGCAUUUUGACGAGCGGAUCCGGCAGUUGUUUGAGGAGAAGUCGCACAGCAACGACAAGAUGCAGCCCAUCCACAGCCUGUUCGCUUGCUGUGGGCUGGAGGGACCGCAGGACUACCUUGGCGAGGAGAACGGCGCCUUGCCAGCCAGCUGUUGCUUCGCCUUCGACUGCUCCAAUCCGACGCACGUCUUCCAGGAGGGCUGUGUAACCAAGGCCAACGAAAAUUUGAAGAUGCAGGCGUGUAUUAAUUACUACUGCUGCAUGGCCAUUAUUGGCCUUGAGUUUAUGGGCAUUCUCACAGCCUAUUAUAUGGGCAGGGCCCGGAAGUAUGCGAAGACCAAGGUCAAGGACGACGAGAGCCACAUCAACGAUUGAGUGAAAAUGCUAUCCAGCAUAAAUGUUGCAUGAAUGAUAGAUACGAUACUCUACUAAUCAGAUUAGCGAAUUUGCCAUUAGAGAAUAAAACACUUUCCAUAUGCUAAACGA